AUGUUGGAGCUGCCGCAACUGAACGAGAAGGAGUGUCUGGGCUUCCUGUCCAACUUCAUCAAGAUCCAUUCGCAAUCCAGAACCCCGGGCGAGAUCGAUGCCGUCCACUAUAUGACUCGUGCCAUGCAAGAUAUUGGCCUGAAAGCGGAGAGUCUGGAGUUUACCGACCAGGCCGACGGCAUGAAGAGGUAUAACUCUGUUGGUGUUUGGGAGGGCACAAACAAGUAUGAGGGGAAGAAACUGCUUUUCAACGGCCAUGUGGAUGUGAACCCUGUUACUGAGGGCUGGACGGUCGAUCCGUAUGAGGGCAAGGUGGACGAUAACUUCAUUUACGGUAUUGGUGUCAGCAACAUGAAAUCUGGCUGUUGUGCCUACUACAUGGCUGUCAAGACGCUCAAGGAGGCCGGAUUCCAGAUUUCCAAGGACUUGACGCUGACGUUUGUCGUUGGUGAACUCCAAGGUGGUGCGGGAACCAUGGCGUUGCUGGCACAGAAGGUUAUAACCAAGGACUCAGCAGACUUUUUCAUCAACUGCGAGCCGACCGAUGUUUAUGCUUUGGUGAUGCACGCUGGCUCGGCGAUUUUCAAGGUCAACGUUGUCGGGGACACUCGCCACAUGUCCAAACGUGAAGAGGCCACAGACUCGAUUCUGGCCUCAAUGGACGCGAUCCACCGGCUUACGGACCUAAAGUUCUCCAAGGCACGUUCCGCCACGCACGAGAGCGUCAACAGAUGCCACGUCGGGACCAUCAGAGGCGGCUUGGGCAGAAGCUACGAGACGUGGCGGCCUCCACAGGUGGCAGAUUUUGUUACAUUCACCGGAGCGGCCAGAUACGCACCAGGCCAGAACGAAGAAAUAGUGCUCGAGGAUCUGGAGACAGAGCUCAAGAAGACGCAGGAAAAGUUCCCGAAGAUGAAGUAUGAGCUGAGCCUGGAGAAACGCGACUUCAUGCCUCCGUUCGAGGUCGACCCCAAGGCGGAGAUUGUGCAGCUUCUCAACCAGUGCUACAGGAAGGUUCGCGGCGUGGACCAGCCUACGGGCGCGCUCAAGCCGCCUUGUUUCUACGGGAGCGAUGCUGGCCACCUUUACGAGAAGCUGGGCAUGGAAGGAAUUGUGUGUGGGCCGGGUGGCAAGUACAACACCAUGCCAGACGAAAGGGUCGACAUCCCAGACUAUUUGGACUGUAUUCGCGUCUUUAUGGAGGUUAUAGUUUCUGCAUGCGGCGGAUAUAAAUGA